AUGGCAACAAAUUAUGAGAUGGGUGUUAGAUGGUUCAAGAUGAUACUUGGUGUUUUGGUGUUUUCAAUAUUAUUAUCACAAUAUUCUUGUGUUUAUGGAGAAGCACCGCAAGUACCAUGUUUCUUCAUUUUUGGUGAUUCGUUGGUCGACAGUGGCAAUAAUAACUACCUCCCGACCUUGGCUAAAGUGAAUUACCUUCCCUAUGGGGUUGAUUUUCCCAUUGGAGCAACAGGAAGAUUUUGCAAUGGCAGAACCUCAGUCGAUAUACUUGCUGAACUUCUGGGUUUUAAGAAACCCAUCCCACCAUUUGCAACUACUUGGGGCCUGGUCAUACUUAGAGGUCUGAAUUACGCAUCUGGGGCUUCAGGAAUUCGAGCUGAAUCUGGCACUGAGAUGGGUGUUAAUGUCAACUUAGAACAGCAGUUACGAAAUCACCAUGUUACAGUCUUGCGCAUUGCUUCCAUUCUGCGACAUAAAGCAUUAGCUCUCAAGUACUUAAACAAGUGCUUUUAUUUUAUGGGAAUCGGCAACAACGAUUACAUUAACAAUUACUUCCAGACUCAGUAUUUUAACACCAGUCGAAUAUAUACACUUGAACAAUAUGCUUCAGUUCUUAUUGAACAAUAUUCUCAACAAAUUAUGACUUUGUAUAGGUAUGGAGCAAGGAAGGUGGCCUUGGUUGGAGUGGCACCAAUAGGCAACGCAACCGAACCUUUUAAUGAAAAGCUUAGAGCUCUGGUGGACAAGCUCAACGCCGAUCUGGAAGAUGCACAAUUCAUCUAUGUUAACUCUUCUUCAGUGUCACGUCCUGCUGAUUUCAAGGUUCCGAACAUUAGCUGCUGUGCAGUAAAUGAACUUGGGCUAUGCAAUCCUUUCGAACCUGUAUGCCAGAAUAGAAGUGACUAUGCAUUAUGGGACUCAUUCCAUCCGACUGAGGCAGCCAAUAUAGCCAGUGCAGGAAGAGCAUACAGUUCUCAAGACCCAUCGGACACUUAUCCCAUGGAUAUCAGUCACCUAGUUCAGCUUAGUCUAUGA